CCUCCCCCACCCAACACAAAAAAUACGAUAAAGAAAGUUACAAAUCUGCUGCCGCUGCUUCUGUUUUGGCCGAAAGUUUACCGAAAGGAUUAAAGCCCGCAUCCCCGCCAACUAUAGGACUCUGAUACUCCAGCACUCCUUUCUCGGAGCAGUGAAAGGCCAAAGGUGGCGCUCAGGGCCGUACGAGGACGAAGGACUAGGCAAAGCUAAAACCAAAACCCAAAAGCCGCCAAACUGCAACUGAAGAAGGAACUUGCCACCGACUGAAGGAACACAGCAACGGAGCCACGAAGGAAGGGGAAGUGGCAGUGGAAGUGCCAGUGGCAGUGUGGCAGAGAGGCUGCAACCUGUUCCCGAAGUCUAAUUAAAAAGCACUGCACGGGAGGCUGCCUGCCGCAGAUUGCUCAUACGCCCCGUGGAACGCGAGUGUUUCUUGCUGUCUUUUUGUGUGUGUUUGUGUGUGUGCGAGCGUGUGUAUGCUGUGUGUGUGUCUGUGAGAGUGCAUAUAAUUUUUCGGUAAAAAUUAAAGCAAGGCCUCAAAGAAUUACUUUGGGCAUGCGGCUGCUGCAGCCACAACUGUUGCAUGCAACAUGGAUGGCGAAAAUCGGAUUAUACUCAAUGUGGGCGGCAUAAGAUAUGAAACCUACAAGGCAACGCUCAAGAAAAUCCCCGCAACACGCCUCUCCCGACUGACCGAGGCGCUGGCCAACUACGAUCCGGUACUCAAUGAAUACUUCUUCGAUCGCCAUCCCGGUGUAUUCACCCAAAUCCUCAACUAUUACAGAACUGGAAAACUGCACUAUCCAACCGAUGUGUGUGGCCCUUUAUUCGAGGAGGAGCUGGAGUUCUGGGGCCUCGACUCGAAUCAGGUAGAGCCCUGCUGUUGGUCAACCUAUAGCAUACAUCGCGAUACGCAAAACACCUUAGCCAUAUUAGAUAAGCUAGAUAUUGAAAAUGAGAAGCCCACGGAGGAGCAGAUAGCCCGACUAUUUGGCUUUGAGGAGGCAUUGAGCAACGGCGAGCUUAACUGCUGGCAACGGCUGAAACCCAAGAUCUGGGCCAUGUUCGAUGAGCCCUCAAGUUCCACAGGGGCGAAGAUCGUUGCUGGCAUGUCGGUUUUCUUUAUAUUUGUUUCUGUGAUAUCAUUCUGCCUGAAGACCCAUCCCGGCUUCCGUGUGGAUCUCCCCGUCACCCACAAUGGAUACGGAGGACACAGUGGUCCUGGGAGCACCCAUCCGCACGGACAUGACCCCCUGGGAGAACCCCCGCCACAGACAACGCACCAGUAUCACCAGCAUAGCAUCACGCCGCCCAGCGGCAGCAUCGGGCCCACCUUUCGUGUCACGAACUACACGAGCUACAGCAGCGGCAACUUCACAGCCGCCCAGGCCACGCCCAUAGCCAGCAUCAAGGGCAACCAGCGGCAGCGCCUGAAACGAGACCUCAAUGGGAGUGCCAUAAAUGAAUUUAUCGGGGAUCAGCUCCUGGGAAACAAUGGUCGACGGCAGCAUGGAUGGGUCGAGACCUACGGCCAGCCCCAUGAGGCGUUCUUCUAUGUGGAACUGGUGUGCAAUGUGUGGUUCUUCAUUGAAGUUAUCAUUCGAUUGAUUGUGUCUCCCAAUCUGUGGCAGUUCAUCAAAUCCCCAGUGAACAUCAUUGACUUUACGGCCACAUUGAGCUUCUACACCGAUGUGAUGCAGCGCAUGGGCGAGUACACGGGUCUCCUGGAGGCCUUCUCCAUCGUGCGGAUAAUGCGAUUGUUCAAACUGACGCGCCAUUCGCCCGGACUGCGUAUCCUCAUCCACACGUUCAAGGCCUCGGCCAAGGAGCUCACACUGCUCGUCUUCUUCCUCGUCCUGGGCAUCGUGUUCUUUGCGAGUCUCGCCUAUUAUGCCGAGAAGCUGCAGGACAACCCGGACAACCAGUUCAAGAGCAUCCCAUUGGGCCUGUGGUGGGCGAUUGUGACCAUGACCACCGUUGGCUAUGGCGAUGUGGCGCCCAAAACCUAUCCGGGAAUGUUUGUGGGUGCCCUAUGCGCCCUCGCUGGUGUCCUGACCAUCGCCCUACCCGUACCUGUUAUCGUUAGCAACUUCUCCAUGUUCUAUUCACACACACAGGCCCGCUCAAAGCUGCCCAAAAAGCGGCGUCGUGUCCUGCCCGUGGAGCAGCCGCGUCGCAAACGGGAACCCACGGCCCCGCACCGCGGACGGACGAACGCCAUUAAACAAACGGCGCCCACUGUGCCAGGAAUGGUGGGUAGUCCGGCUGGUGGAGGAGGCGGUGGCCAUGCUGUGGGCCACCCGGCAGCAGCAGCGCCCAUGUUCAAAGAUGCAUUCGGUGGUGCUAAAAUUGGCCCCGUGAAUGUGAAUGGCGUCAAUGUCAUUGGCCUGCAACAUCCGCAUACGCAUCCGCAUUCGCAUCCACAUCCGCAUAGGCAAACGUUGCCGCCACCGCCGCAGCCAGCGACGACGACGACGGCGACUAUGACGGCAGCGACGACAGCGAUGACAACGACCUAUCAAGUGCCUCUGCCACAGCAGCAGCCCCACAACGCCCACAGCCAUGCCCAUGCCCAUGCCCAUGGUCAUGCCCAUGCCGCUGGCUCUGGCUAUGCAUCGACGAUGACGUCACCUACCGCCGCCUCGGCAGCAGCAGUGGCCACAGUCGCCGCCGCCACUGCUGCAGCCUCUGCGGGUUCCUCGUUCAUCAGUUCGGACUAUCUGAGCGUUCCGGCGGUGCAGAGCCUGCAGCCCAGGGCGGCGACGACUGGCCACGACUUUAUGCUGCCGCUCCAGCCGAAACUUCUGGGGCCCCUCGAGCGCAAGGAUCAGCAUCCUCUACAGCUCACUGCCCACAAUCUGGUCUCGGACACCCACCAGCUGAUGUACACCGGCCACGCCCAUCAGCAUGCCCAGAAGACGGGCGCCACCGUGCUGAAUGUCCCACCCACGCUGAGCAUGACCCACAGCCAGAUGCCGCCCGGAAUGGCGAGCAUGGGUCAGCGCACACCUAACCUCAGCUAUCGGGCCUCCCAUGCGUCGCAAGGACCCCCCCAGUCGACGACGAUCCAACAGCCGAUUCCACAUCCCCACCAGCCGCUGCCGAUGUCCGCCUGCCACGCCUCGACCAACUGCAACAUCAAGAUCUCGGUGGCCACGGAACCGGGAGGCUGUCUGGAGGAUCUGCGAGCGCCCAAGGUCACGCUGCUGGACGAUCUCAGCGAUGACGUGAACUCCUCCACUGACGACUGCGGCGACUGUUGUCUGGUGGAAGACAGCGACACGUACGAGGCGGCGGCCAAUAAUGGUCUCUGCGGCAAGCGGAACGGCGAUUCGGUGGCGAUCGAUGGCCUGGAGGAUGACGGGGAGGGCAGCGGCGUGGGUGGUGACAGCGGCGAUAGCAUGGGAGGGAUCUACAUGGGUCCCACGCAUUGAUGGCCAGCGAUUCAAUGGGAUUUCCCCCAUUAAAACUAUGCUCAAAGCUGCUCAAUCUAUGCUCAACAAGCUGCUGAAAAGAAUAGUGAGUGUUGUAACAUUUAAGAAAAUAAGUAUGUGUAAUGCCAGUGUUGCCAAAAGAUGGCUCAAACUGUUCUGUAACUGAAGAAUACCUUAAGCUUCUGUGGCUCAGAAACUUUAGCUAAAUAUUGUGGAAUUUUGUUGGCUUAUCAGUUACCGUUCAACUGUAAAAAGUCUGGUUAGUGACUCGCAAAAUGUAAUUCCACUCAGAACUGACAGAUUUCAGUGGAACAGUGCUGUAAAACGUUUACAGCUGUUGGCCAAAUGAAGGUUCAACUGUACCAGAGCAGAAGUAAGAGAAGAAGUUUACUUUUAAUUCCAAGAAAACACUGCCUCCCCCCCCUUUCAUCUUUCAAAACAUUUCAAAAUGUCAUCUUGAGAGAACUGCUGUAGUACACCCGUCUCAUUUAUCAAGAAUUUUAAUCAAUCUUUGCUUUUAGAACUCCAGGGAUCUCUGGACUUCGUCCAACACAAACAUCCGUUACAUUUGUAUCAGUGUCCUUAUAACU